GUGUGUGUGUGUGUGUGUGUGUGUGUGUGUGUGUGUGUGUGUGUGUGUGUGUGUGUGUGUGUGAGUGCUUGCCAGAUGUGUUGGUAGAGGAAGGUCUCUGUUAUGAUUAAUGUUUUGUUCUACAUAAGUGUUUGUGUGGAUUGUCAACACUGUGUUUUUAUAUAUAUGUGGGUUUAUUCAUGUCUGUGUGUGUGUGUGUGUGUGUGUGUGUGUGUGUGUGUGUGUGUGUGUGUGUGUGUGUGUGUGUGUGUGUGUGUGUGUGUGUGUGUGUGUGUGUGUGUGUGUGUGUGUGUAUUUGGGUAAGGGUGUAUUUAUGUGUGUAUCAGUGUAGGUGUAUGAUAAGAUAAGACAAGCCUUUAUUGUAUCCUUGAGGAAAUGUUUUGCCCAGGUAUUCUAGAGAACACAGGUGACAUAGCGGCACACAGCCUCUCCAUAUACAGACAAUUUGUCCGUAUACACGUGCAAUCAAACUGCAGUUAACAUCCAUUAACACACACUAAUAUAAAAACACUUGAACAUACCCGCCAAGAUAAUUGCAUGAUUCUUUAUGCCAAGGUAUUGCACAGAUGACCGAGUCCAAGAUAUUGCACAUUCCCCCUCAAUAAAACCAAUAACGUUAAUAUUGCAAUAGUGCUCCACGCCAAGGGAUGAUACAAUAAAUGAGUGUUUGUCUCGGCUGCCUGUGUUUGUGUGCCCUCUGUUUGCAGCCCAACUGCCUGUGUGUGUGGGUGUGUGUGUGUGGGUGUGUGUGUGUGGGUGUGUGUGUAAUGGGUGUUCCCAGGUGAUGCAGGGAAAGGGGGUGGAGUUUAAUCCUCAGUUUGUGUUUGUGUGCAGUUGAGUGACUAGAAAGAGAACCAGGCAAAGACACAUACCGGGAGAGUCCUGGCGAAAAAAGAACCAGAGAGACAUAGAGACAGAGAGGAAGAGAAGGAAAAGUUAGCUCAGUACAGGAGAGCCUGAACACUCAGAGUAAGACAGAUGAGAAGAAACGGUAUCCAUGGUGUCUACACUUUGCUUGUCAAGGUUUCCAGGAAGCUUGCCGAUUUCUACCAGUCUGGACUUGCUGAGCAGAAGGUAACAAGUGGGGAAUCAUUAUCCCUCUUUCUUUUUGUCCUUCUUUCUUUUUGUUGUGUGUGCUCUUCCCCUGUGUGAGAGAUGCACAGCCAGGGGUGGAUUUGAACCGGAGGCAGGGACGUGCAGAGACACAGGGCAGGGUAACAGGUUAGAUGUGUUGACUGUUGAGGUAGCUGUGCGAUGAGCACAGCCUUAAGAGAGACACUGUGACAGGAUGUGGGGAGCGCUAACCUUUUUGGAUUGAGCCAAGACAAGGUGGACCCCUCACCCAUGAAAUCCACGUGGUACUGCCCUCUGGAUCUGUCCACAGUCGCUGAGGAAGAGGAGGAUGGAAUCAUCUACACCGUCGUGGUCAAACAACAUCCCAGCACCCCCAACAGGUCACUGUCCAAAUCUGUCUCGCGUUCGCAGUGCGUGAAGGCGGGGACGGAGGAGAAGCUGGUGCUGCACCUCCUCCACUCCUUCGCCAUGGGGGACUCCUCCUUCAUCGCCGUCUUCCUCUCCACCUUCCGUUCCUUCACCUCCACCCGGAGGGUCCUGGAAAUCCUCAAAGACAGAUUGGAAAACCCACCGGGAGACAAUGCAAGAAGCCACACCAGACAGUCUUUCAACGAGGCAGUAUGCAUGGUGUUCAGCACCUGGCUGGCGGAGUACCCAGAGGACUUCCAGACACUGGGGGACCCCACCUGCCUGCUCCACCUCGCCCCUCUGUUGCCUAGCGACACGUUGUCGGGCGCCGACCUGUGUGCACGAAUCCUGCGCAUCGCAGAGGAGCUCAGCGAGAAGGCCCUGCUGUCGGACUCGCGCUCAUGUAAACACCACGGGCGUCACCACCAGAGGGGAUUCACCUUGUGUCAGACUGAGAAGGGUGGGAGGGCCAACAAGCACAACCAGCCUCCAGACCCUUCCCCUGAUACCUCCGCAUUUGAACCCACCAAGGUCCUGGGCUUCCCAGCCGCGCUCAUCGCUGAGCAGCUCACCAAGAUGGAGACGGAGCUGUUUGUGCGUCUGGUCCCGUACCACUGCCUGGGCUCGCUGUGGUCCCAGCGGGACAAGAAGGGCCACGAGGACGUCUGUUGGUCGGUGCGGGCCACCGUCCGUCAGUUCAACCGGCUGGCCAACGUGGUGCAGGCCUCCAGCCUCUGCCCCAUCCACCUGAAGAGCCAGCAGAGGGCCCGGCUCCUGGAGAAGUGGAUCAGCGUGGCGGAGGAGUGUCGCGCCAGAAAGAACUUCUCCUCGCUGUACGCCAUCGUGUCGGCGCUGCGCAGCAACCCUCUGCACCGGCUGCGACGCACCUGGCAGGAGACAGACAGGGAAGCAGUGAGGAGGUACGAGGAGCUGUCGGAAAUCUUCUCGGACAAGGACAACUACUCUCAGAGCAGGGUCCUACUGAAGGGGGAGGGAACGGCGAAGUUUGCGAUCCACGACAACCGAGCCAACAACCGGCGUCAUCCUGGGGCCAGCGCCCAGGGCACAGUGCCUUAUUUGGGCAUCUUCCUGACGGACCUCACCAUGCUGGACACAGCCGUCAAGGACAACCUUGAAAACGGAUACAUCAACUUUGACAAAAGGAGGAGGGAAUUUGAGGUUUUGGCACAGAUCCGUCUCCUCCAGUCCUCCUGUAAAAACUGUGUGUUCUGGUCCGACAAGACCUUUGUGGACUGGUAUUGGAGCGCGCCAACCUUAUCAGAGGAGGAGAGUUACAGAUUGUCCAAUGAGAUCGAAGCCCCUAGCGAACCGAGCCCCCGCGUCUACACGCCUACCGUCAUCAUCACAGAGUGCGCCAGUUUGAGCGCUUCCCAGACGAGCCUAGCGAGCGACUGCGAUACCUCCUUUGACUUCCCUUCUCCUGUCAAUCAACUGCUCUCCAAAUUUGCAAAGCACAUGAAGUCCCCCUCAGUCUCCUGUCUCGACGUGGACACCUCCCCUCCCACCAACGAGUCCAGCCCGGUAUCGUUGACCCCUUCGACGCCCGUCAAAUCACAUCGCAGAUCGGUCUCCUGCGGCAACAACCCGUCCUAUAACAGCCAGGGGUCCGGGCCCGACAUGCGCAUCAUCAGGAUACGGAUGGACCUGCAUGACGGCAACCUGUACAGGAGCAUACUGGUGACCAGUAACGAUAAGACCCCCACUGUGGUGAGCUCGGCGCUGGAGAAGCACAGCCAGGACACCAGGGAGGCCUCCAGAUACGAGCUCAUUCAGCUCCUCCCUGAAGGAAAAGAGCUGAUCAUCCCCGCCACCGGCAAUGUCUUCUACGCCAUGACCUCAUCGAGCGUUGACUUCCUGUUGCGGAGGAAAGGUGGGAAAACUCUGCUUGGUCCACAGCCAAUCAGCACAGAGACCAGCGCAACGUUCCCUCGAAUCAAGGCCAAGGGGCGGAGACUCGUCCGAACUUUGUUUUGACAUCCAAAGAUCCACCUGGUGUGCUGUUCUCUCUCCGUAGCUCCAUGAUCCACUGCUCUCCUCAGAGUAAUGUCAAGAAUGUAGACGUCCUGGAACAUGGCCUUGUCUCAGAAGCACACAUCUCUAGCUAACCAGCCCUGCACUCUCCCCCCCAUGCAAAGCGCUUCCUCUCUCUCCUCUGGUCGACUCAGCCUCCCCUCCAGCAGCCUAUUCCUGGAUCCAGUCUUCACAGGUCGGGACACCAGGAGCUCUGAGCUCCACCUUGCUUUUCCUCACACGCCGCUGACCAAGCAAUGAAUGGGGGCCAGGGGUGAUGGAACCGUUUUGAUAGCCAAUGGAAGCUCUAGAUGAGAAGCUGUGGCUCCGCCUUGUGAUUUUCCAGACCAAUAGCCCGCAGUGGGACACGUCUUAACACGAUGUAGAAAUACAGUCAAUACAGUUUUCCGACAAAGGAAAAAUUACAGACCAUGGAAAGUUAUGACUGGAAAUGGAAAAAGAAAUCUGAUGCAAGCAUCAAUGUUUGUGUGUGUGUGUGUGUGUGUGUGUGUGUGUGUGUGUGUGUGUGUGUGUGUGUGUGUGUGUGUGUGUGUGUGUGUGUGUGUGUGUGUGUGUGUGUGAUGUCAGGGCAGUGUUUACAGUUAUAAGGAUUGUUUGUAGUUUGUCGUGAGAUUGCUAGUUAAUUGUAAAAAAACUAAAAUGAGCUCUGAUGAUUUAUCGUUUCAGAAAUUACGAUAAGGUCAUAAAACGUGUUGUACUCUGUAUGCCUUGAUAAAAGCAAAUGCAUAUAUAUAUGCAAGAAACCUAAAUUUAGAGCACUUUCAAAGCUUGUGUCUUUACCUAACUAUUACAUAUAAUAGCACAGAAUGAAAAUAAAUCGAACCAACCAAAACAAGUUGACAGGAAAACACUAAGAAAAAACAACUAGCAACGCUAACAGGCUAACGUUUCCAGAGUUACGUUUCAUCAAAUCGUAAGCCAACGCUGACGUUUGGUUCAUGUUUUAAACUAUGUUUGAUCAGGGUGACCAUGUCUUGACCUCAUCAUUAUAAUCUGGGUCCUCUAACCAAUUACAUCUAUUUGGUUUUUAACGGAACUGUCAAUGCAAAGAAAAACACCUACGCAAAACUUAACUUUUCAGUGCACUUUUUUUUACGUACAACACAAAGCCUCCAUUUUCGAUAUGGUGUUGUGUGUCUCUUCAGUAAGUAAGACGAGCCACACAAUCUUUAAAGCAACCAGCUUACAAAGAAAAUGGAGGACGGUCGUUCUUCCGACAAGUUCCCUCUCAAUGAGUUCUGGUGACCUCUGGUUCGUCCAGCCCCGUCAGAGCCAAUGAGGCCUGCUCACAGACCGAUGGCAGGGGCGCGGUCGGGCCGGAGAGAGGAUUAUGGGUAAUUUGCGAUGGCGGCUUGUAAGCCUAUGGUGUGAGCGCGUUUGCUACACUGUUAGUUGAUUUUAGUGCCUUUCUCCUAUGGGUGCUUAUUUUUCUUGUAUUUGCAAUUGAUUGUAUACCUUCCGUGUGGAUGUGCAGUCAUUCAAAGCGCUGUCCCAACCCACAUCAAAAGCUAUUUAUGCACUACAUAAAGUAUGUCUUAUUUUUGUGGUAAUAAAUUUACUUUUAUAUGAA